GUUGAGUGGUUAACGUGUAGUGAUGUGUUGACAAUAAAUUUAUAGUUUUUUAAAAUGUCCAGUACUCCAUCGACUCGUCGAAAUGGUUCAGAAAAAAUUCGACUGACAAUUUUGUGUGCGAGAAAUUUAGUUCGCAAGGAUUUAUUUCGGCUGCCUGAUCCUUUUGCAAAAAUUUCUGUGGAUGGUACUGGACAGUGUCAUACAACAGAGACUCAAAAAAAUACGUUAGAUCCGAAAUGGAACUCUCAUUAUGAUUUAUAUAUUGGGAAAACAGACACAAUUACAAUUUCGGUGUGGAAUCACCGCAAAGUGCAUAAAAAACAAGGUAGUGGGUUCUUGGGAUGUGUGCGAAUUGUGAAUUUUCUUAUUCAGAGACUGAAGGAUACUGGAUAUCAAUGUCUGGAUUUGGGCAAGGCCUCCCAAGAUGACAGCGAGCCGGUGAAGGGCCAGAUAAUCAUAUCACUGCUGACUCGCGUCGGUCCAUGCGGAGGUACCCCCCUGGCGGUGGUGGGCCCCCAAGGUGAUCUCAGGGGUCCGUCCGAUCAUGAAAAUUCCAACACCGAUGACUUGCCACAGGGGUGGGAGGAGAGGAGGACGCAGAACGGAAGGCUGUACUACGUGAAUCACAUAACCAGAUCAACACAGUGGGUCAAGCCACAAGUAACAAACAAAAUAAGGCCCGCCAGGCCUAGGCUGAACAACAAUACUAAUGUUAAUGGUGAUAAUAAUAAUGUAGAUAACAGACCACCAGAAUUCGUCAACAACAACACAGAGGUAGUGCAAUCGCCUAUCACCCCAGGGUCCAGCACUUCACCGGUGUCCCCAGUGGUCAGCCCCCAGAAGGAGCAGCUACUACCCAUCCGACCAGCACCCAGUGUCCCAAGUCCAGUGUCUCCCCAAACGGAGUCCCGCAACUUCGUGGUCGUCUCGCCGACUACGACCGCAGUAGUGCCUGCCCCCAACAAUAUCAGUUGCAAUGUGCCUAAUAACAGUGUGCCUAUCAGUAGUUCAAAUGUGCCCACAAAUAGUGUUCCAGUGACCUCCAACAGUGUAAAUAAUGUGCCUACAAGUGCCAGUGUUCAGAGUGUAGUGAGUCCGCAGGCCCCUCAAAGGGCGGCUAGGAGACAGAGGGGUAGUGAGGAGAGAAGGGACGGGAGUAGCAGGAGGAGGUCGGGCAGGAAUAGGAAUGCUGCGAACGUGCAGCCUGCGCCUCCCCAGCAGAGUAAUGGGACUAAUGGAGUUGUGGCUGGAAGUAAGCUGGAUUUACCUCCGGGUUAUGAAUUAAGGACAACACAACAAGGUCAGGUAUACUUCUAUCACAUACCAACAGGUGUUUCUACCUGGCAUGAUCCUAGAAUACCAAAAGAUCUGGCUCCCUUAAGCCUCGCCUUAGAUCACCUAGGCCCUCUUCCCCCUGGAUGGGAAAUGAGGCAAACAAAUUCCGGCAGGAUAUAUUUCGUGGAUCACAACAAUCGAACCACGCAAUUCACUGAUCCAAGGCUAAAUUCUCAAAUACUCAACAACAUCCUUCGAAGGGUUAACGUACCUGUUAGUAGCUCAUCCACCACGAACACUCCAACCGUUUCCACCUCUUCGGCAACAACGACGGUUACUACCCCAGCGGUGACAACUCCCGCCGCACCAGCUGUACCCGUCACAAAUGGUCAGGCAGCACCCCAAAACUCUGCACCCGUUUCUCCAAGAGUAAGGGUGACAGACGAUCUACCGCAAAGUUUGCUGAACGAAUCGGAACAUUUGCCGAAAUACAGGAGAGAUCUGGUGGCAAAAUUGAAGGUGUUGAGGGCUGAAUUGAAUGCUCUACAACCUCAGAGUGGGCACUGUAGGCUUGAGGUUUCCAGGGCGGAAGUUUUUGAGGAGAGUUACAGACUUAUUAUGAAAAUGCGUCCAAAAGACAUGCGAAAAAGACUAAUGGUGAAGUUCCGAGGCGAGGAGGGUUUGGAUUACGGCGGUGUGGCUCGAGAAUGGCUCCACCUCCUCUCCAGAGAGAUGCUUAACCCCCAGUACGGUUUAUUUCAGUAUAGCAGGGACGAUCACUAUACUUUGCAGAUAAACCCCGACUCCUCCGUUAAUCCGGAACACCUUUCAUAUUUCCAUUUCGUGGGUAGGAUAUUGGGAAUAGCAGUUUUUCACAACCAUCAGCUAGAAGGGGGAUUUACUCUUCCGUUUUAUAAGCAACUGUUGAACAAACCGAUAACGUUGCAGGAUAUCGAAGGAGUGGAUCCUGAAUUGCACAGAAGUCUCACCUGGAUGUUGGAAAACAACAUCGAUGGUGUGCUAGACACAACGUUCUCUGUAGAAAACAACAGCUUCGGAGUAGUGAAAGUUCACGAACUCAAACCUGGCGGCGCUGCGAUAACCGUCACGGAAGACAACAAAAGGGAGUACGUCAAGCUAUACGUCAAUUACAGAUUCAUGAGGGGCAUCGAGCAGCAAUUCCUGGCCUUACAAAAAGGGUUUACCGAACUCAUACCCACCUCGUCACUUAGGCCGUUCGACGAGAGGGAGUUGGAGUUGGUUAUAAGCGGCAUUGGAUCGAUCGACAUAGCGGACUGGCGGUCCCACACCAGAUUGAAGCACUGCACGCCAGAAACGCCCGUCGUACAGUGGUUCUGGCAGGCCGUCGAUUCUUACUCGGAAGAGAUGAGGGCUAGGCUGUUGCAAUUCGUUACGGGCAGCUCUAGGGUGCCUCUGCAGGGAUUCAAGGCACUGCAGGGUAACACGGGCGCGGCCGGGCCCAGGCUUUUCACUAUUCACUGCGUGGAUGUUUCUCCGCAGAAUUUACCCAAGGCGCACACUUGCUUCAACAGGAUAGACAUACCUCCGUACGAGUCUUAUCAGGUGUUGUUGGAUAAGCUGACACAGGCUGUCGAGGAGACCUGCGGUUUUGCUGUUGAAUGAUUUGUGAAGAGAUGGUGGAGGCGUCCAUUCUGCAUGCAUUGGUUGUUCUUUCUCAUAUCAUUUUACAUAGCUGUGGUAGAUAAGAAGUCUGCUUUAAAGACUGUAAAGAGUGCCUUUCUGCAUACUGCUCUCACGGUUUUUUGGAUCACAAGUGCCUAUCAUGCUAGUCAGUAUUUUACAAACACACAAACACCCUAGGAAUACUUUUCCCUUCUGAUUUCCGUAAAGAAAAAAAAAGAUAUCACGCCUGCUACUAUUUCCUACAUCUGGGGAGAUCGAAAAGUGAUAUAAUACGUAAAAGGUACAAAGCUUUAUUCUAAACGGUUCACACCGCAACAGUUUUGGUUAUUCCAGCGAUGAGUGCUAGUUGUUUAGUGUGAAGGUAAAUUUGUUGUAGAAAAAUUGUUAUGCGGUUAAUUAACUUGAAAAGUUACUGUUUUGAAUGCAAUUAGAAUGUUUUCCUUUAAGUACUACGAAGUGGACUGAAUUAUUUUGAUCCAGAAUUUCGGCUAUACACUUUUAAAAGUUGGUUAUAUUGUUUGUACAAGUAAUUAUUUAAUGAAGGUUUUAAUGUAGGAGGAAAAUUACAUCACAGUAAUAUUUUAUUAUCAGUUUGAAUAAAAUAUGUCUUGAAAAAAAAAAAAAAAAACGUGAAAGUUU